AAUCUCUCUCUCUCUCUCUCUCUCUCUCUACGCUUCCUUUUUUAUGCAUGCCAUGAAAGCUCUUUCUCUGCUAAGAAAUCCUUCUGGAGCAGACUUCGAAAACCAAAACCAUUUCCUAAAAUGGGUAGCUGCUUCACAAAAACGCAUGAAAUCCCAAUCUCAUCUCCCCCGCAAAAAUCCUCUCCUCUCCGCCCUCAGCAACACCCACAACAACACCAACAACAAAAGAAAGCUCAUCCGCAACAGCAGCACUUAUCACUCCUAAGCUCAGCCGCAACAUCCUCCCACACUGGCAACAUCCUCUCAAAGCCCUUUUCGGAUGUCAAUUCCUUCUUCACUCUCGAGAGGGAAUUGGGCCACGGCCAGUUCGGGGUCACCCGUCUUUGUACUGAGAAGUCCACUGGCCUCAAAUACGCCUGCAAAUCCAUCUCCAAGCGCAAGCUUGUCCACGACAGUGAUAUCAAGGACGUGCGCCGAGAGAUCGCAAUCAUGCAGCAUCUCACUGGCCAGCCCAACAUUGUCGAAUUCAAGGGCGCAUAUGAGGACCACAACAGUAUCCAUUUAAUCAUGGAGCUCUGCUCCGGUGGGGAGCUCUUCGAUCGGAUCAUUGCCAAGGGUAGUUACUCGGAGCGUGCUGCUGCUGCCAUCGGCCGUGAAAUCGUCAAUGUGGUCCACGUCUGCCAUUUCAUGGGGGUGAUGCAUCGGGAUCUCAAGCCAGAGAAUUUCUUGCUGCUCAGUAAGGAGGAGUACUCGCCACUCAAGGUGACAGAUUUUGGUCUCUCCGUGUUCAUUGAGGAGGGGAAAAUGUAUCGGGAAAUCGUGGGCAGUGCUUACUAUGUAGCCCCAGAAGUGUUACGCCGCAACUAUGGGAAAGAAAUCGAUGUCUGGAGUGCUGGAGUCAUCUUAUAUAUUCUUCUCAGUGGCGUGCCCCCAUUUUGGGCUGAGACAGAGAAAGGUAUAUUUGAUGCUAUCUUACAAGGUGAAAUUGACUUUAAAAGCGCACCCUGGCCUUCUAUAUCUGAUCAUGGAAAGGAUCUCAUAAGGAAGAUGUUAAUGCAGGAUCCGAAAAAGCGUAUCACAUCUGCCCAAGUCCUUGAGCAUCCAUGGAUGAGAGAGGAUGGUGAAGCACCUGACAAACCUAUUGAUAGCGCGGUGCUGACUAGGAUGAAGCAAUUCAGGGCAAUGAACAAGCUAAAGAAACUUGCUCUAAAGGUCAUUGCGGAAAAUCUUUCUGAGGAAGAAAUCAAGAAUCUAAAAGAAAUGUUCAAAAAUAUGGACACCGAUCAGAGCGGUACAAUUACAUAUGAAGAGCUGAAAAUCGGGUUGUCCAGAUUAGGAUCAAAACUUAGCGAAUCAGAAGUCAAGGAGCUGAUGGAUGCGGCCGACAUUGACAAAAAUGGGAGUAUUGACUACUACGAAUUCAUUACAGCCACUAUGCAUCAGCAUAGAAUAGAGAGAGAAGAAAAUAUUUACAGUGCCUUUCGGUUCUUUGAUAAGGAUGGAAGUGGGUUUAUCACAAGAGAUGAAUUGAAACAAGCUAUGAAUCAAUAUGGGAUGGGCGACGAGGCUGCUAUUGAUGAGGUCAUCAACGAUGUUGACACGGAUAACGAUGGGAGGAUCAACUACGAGGAGUUUGUGGCCAUGAUGAGGAAAGGGACUCAAGAUACAAACCGGAACAGAAAAUAAACAUGAGUUGCGCUCUGUGGCAUGCUACUGUAAAAAUUCCUUACCUUUAUUUACUGCAUGAUGAUAUCAGAUAAUAAGCUGAAAGUUUCAGUUUGUAUGCUUUGAGGAUGUAUUGAUAGUUGUGUAUUUUAUAAGACGUUCUUCAACUCAUAUGGCAUGGGCCUCUCUUUAUGUAUUUAUGAUGGCCACUCUAUGUAUUUAUGAUUUGCUGGUUCUAACAAGCUAUUGUAUUGUGACAUUCCAUGUACUAAUGAUAACCUGGGUAUGCUACAUGUUGGGGCAA